UUAGCAUACAAAAUAUUUUAUUAUAAAGUAAAUACAAAAAAAACGUAAAAAUGGCAUCUUGGAAAAGAACAAAGUGUUCAAUUAUUCAUUGUGAAGCCGCAAAAACUCUACGUUUAGAUAUAAAAUUAUUUGAUUUUCCAAAAAAAGAUACUACAAAGUAUACGCAAUGGUUAUCGUUAUUAGGAGAGUCACAAGAACACGUAAAAAGCCUUAAACGACCCUAUAUAUGUAGCAAACAUUUUGAGAAAGCAUUAAUCGGAAAAAAAUAUUUAAGAAAGAAUGCAUAUCCUUCACUCUAUUUGACGCGAUCUGAGGAGGUGUGCAUUUCAGAUAGUGAAUCCGUUAAUUUUGAUCCGAGCAAAGCCAAAAUAACUUACGAAAAACGAAAUGAAGCUGAUAUGAGUAAUAAUGACCUUGAUGCUGAAGAGUUGAGUCGUGCGUCAAAAAGGUUAUCAGCAAAAAAAUCAAACGAAGAAAUAGAAUUCACCUGUACAAACUGCGAAGCUCAUUUAAAAAGGCAAUUAUAUUAUAUAAAAAGCAUUGGCAAGCUAAAGAAAGAAAAUCGUGCCUUGAAAAUUAAAAUACAGACAAAUCGCAAAUCAAAAAUAAACAUGUUACAGAAAAUAAGUCGAUUCAAAAAGACUAAAAAAAGGCUUCGGUCUGACGAAAAGAAUUCUCUCGAAAGAGAAAUCGAUUUAAUGGAAGGUAUAAAUCGAAACACAAAGACUUUUGCAAAACUUAUUUUAUCGCAAACCUUAAGAGAAUAUACCAAUGAGGAAAAGUGGAUUACACAGUGCAUUUUUUUCCGUUCGUCCUGCGGUUACAACUUUCUCAGAGAUCAACUUGGAUUACACUUGCCCAAUCCAUCUUCCUUACAUAGAUGGAUUAAUAUAAAAAGCCUUUCUCCUGGGCCAAAUAUUAAAGUUUUAGAGGAAAUAAGGAACGUUACAUCAAGUUUAUCAGAAAAAGAUAGAGAGGUUAACCUUAUUUUUGACGAAAUGAGCUUACAAACUAAUUUGACGUACAAUAAAUUCAAGGAUGAAAUUGAAGGUUUUGUUGACUAUGGAAAGAACCAAAGGUCAAGUAUUUUGGCUAAAUCUGCAUGCGUCUUCAUGAUUCGCAGUGUCUGUGGUAAUUUUAAGCAGGUUUUAUAUCAUGUUGUGUGUCCAAGCAAUAUUCCUAUGAAGCAACUUGAAAUUGAAGUACAUAAUUGUCUUGACAUAUGCACAGGCCUAAAUCUAAACGUAAGAGCUAUAUGCUGCGAUCAAGGCCCUACAAAUCGUAGCUUGUUUAACAAAUUAAAUCUUGAUGAAAGGAAAUUCAGUUUUAUGUACAAGGAAAAAGAAAUAUAUGGAAUGUAUGAUAUUCCACACCUUAUCAAAAGCAUAAGGAAUAAUUUAUUAAAAUACAAUUUUUCAACUUCUGAUGGAAUUGUAAGUUGGAAGGUAAUUAAAUACCUUUAUAAUAGUGAAAAAUGUAAUACCACUAAAAUAUGUCCGAGACUGACUUCAGCACAUAUAGACCCAACUGAAUUUCAGAAAAUGAGCGUAAAGUUGGCUGCUCAAAUUCUAAGUAGAUCUGUUGCCUGUGGAAUUGAAGCAUUAAAUAAACUGGGAAAGUUUCCGGCCGAAAUAAAUCAGUUUUCAAAAUCAACAGCAGAAUUUAUUAAAAAAAUUAAUCGUCUGUUUGAUCUAUUAAAUGGAAAACCAGCACUCAUAAGAAAUGACCAAAACAUAUUGUUUAUAAAAGAAAUGAAGCUUUAUUUACUUAAUAUAGAGCUAAUAAAUGCAAGAAAUAGACCGUUUUGUUUUAAGGGAUUAGCAUUAACAAUUGAAAGCAUUCUUUGCAUACGAGAAGCAUUAUUUAAAGAGUAUAACGAUUUAUACCAUGUAUAUGUAAAUAAAUUUAAUCAAGAUCCAUUGGAAAACUUAUUUGGAAAGAUAAGAGCUCGAAACGUUAACAAAAGUAAUCCCAGUGUUUCAGAAUUCGGUGCCCUGUUAGCCAAAGUUAUAUCGCUCAAAUUCUUAUUUAAUUCAAAAUGUUCCAAUUGCGAAGAAGAUGAUACGGAGUAUCUUCAGGUAGACUGGAAAGCCAUUUUGCAGAGCGAUACAGAAGAUAAAUCCAAGGAGCAACCUCAAAUCGAGGAAAUGUUUGAUGUGACCGAAUGCAUUGAAAAUGACAUCAAUGUUAGCAAUGUAGAAUAUAAUCAAGCUAAAGAUGCAACAAUUGUAAAGGUGCCUGAGAUCAACGACCUUGGCGAGAUAUCGAAGAAGUCGAAGAAGAUUAGGAUAAUGCUGGUUCUCGACAACCAGGACGAUGAGGAGAAUGUAGAGGAGAGAGAUGCCAAUACAGAGCAGAGGAUGAAAUAUCUUGAUCUAAUGGCAUCGAGUGAUGUUGCUGCUUCUACUGCUGCUGGGAAAGAUGGGAUGAUGAAGGAAAUUGAUGCUAACUUGUUGAUUCAAGUCAGAUCGGGGUCAAUUUAA